AUGAUACAAACGAUGGAGGAAGGAGUGAGUAAGGUGCUGUCCAGUGUGGUGCAGGAUGUCGAUCUGGUCGUCAGCGGCAACAGUGGAGCUCAGAUUGUGCAGGAGUUACUGAGCGCUCCAUGGCUCUGUGCUCUGCUCAAGAUGUACGAGAGUCUGCUGCAGUUCCAGAGGCUGAGGCCCAGUCCUCUACUGCCGUACUCCACUGGUCUCUCACACGAGAUAAUGUGUGUGAUGUCGAAGAUCCCACGCCCGUCAUCUGAAGCCAGAGAGCUGUUUCGACUCCUCUGCUCUCCUCACAUGAAGGCUCUGCUCAGGUCACAUGACACUGUAGCUCAGCAGGACUUUGACCCGGUCCUGGAACCUCUGCCCGAUGACCUCCCUGAUGAUGAGGAGGCCGUGCGCAUCGUGUGUCUCGUUAAGAACAACCAACCACUGGGCGCAACAAUAAAACGGGAUGAGAAGAAUGGAGAGAUCUACAUCGCCAGAGUCAUUCAUGGAGGACUGGCUGAUCGCAGCGGUCUCCUUAAUGCUGGUGAUGUUUUGCUUGAGGUGAAUGGAAACCCAGUGGCAGGUUUAGAGCCAGAGCAAGUCAUAAAAAUACUGGUUAAUUCACACGGCACAAUUUUGUUCAAAGUCAUCCCAAACUCAAGUCAGACCUGCAGCACCCAAAAGCCAGUGUACAUGCGAGCGAUGGUGGACUACUGCCCCCUGGAGGACAGCUCUAUCCCCUGUCCUGCUGCAGGCGUGGGCUUCUCUCGGGCCGAUAUUCUGGAGGUGGUGGACCAGUCGGACGGACAGUGGUGGCAGGCGCGCAGACUCCCCUCCUCUGGCUCCUGCGCUGGACUCAUCCCCUCUGCCAGCAACCUCAAGAGUAAGCAGAGGGAGCAGUGGUGGUGUCAGCCUUUACAGUCUCACACCUGCAUCAAACCACAGAAAGACCAAACUGAAAUGGAUGACCAGAACAUUGCAGCAGAUGCAGAAGAUUUAAACAUGGGUGGCUGGUUUCGUAGAAGUUUUCGUUUCUGGCGGAGGAGUUCAUUGAGGAGGAGGAGGCAGUCUUGUUCAUCCUGUUGCCCCGGGAACAGCGCUUUGGCCACGCCCUACGAGGAAGUGACUCUGUACCAGCGCCCCCUAGAGGACACGCACAGACUCAUCGUUCUUGUGGGUGCAUCAGGUGUUGGAGUCAAUGAACUGAGGAAGAGGCUGAUCAGAAUCAACCCUUUAAUUUUCCAGGGACCUGUUCCACACACGUCGAGGCCGAUGAGAGCGGAGGAGCAGACUGGACGAGAGUACCAUUUUGUGAAUAGAGAGCAGUUUGAUCAAAUGAUCUCCAACCACAGGUUUGUAGAGUACGGGGAGCACAGGGGACAUCUGUAUGGAAUCAGUUUUGAGGCGACUGAAGAAGUCCUUCAGCAGGGACGGAUCUGUGUCAUCGACGUUGAACCAAGAAGUAUCCAGUCGCUGCGGACGAAGACGCUAAAACCUUUUGUCAUUUUCGUCAAAGUUCCAGAGUCUGACAAACUUAGAGAAACCAGGAGAGAGGCUCAGAUUUUAACCAAACACGGCCAGAACCGGACGUUUACGGAGGAGGACUUUGUGGAGCUGGAGGACACGUCUAAACUCAUUGAACUGAAGUACAGGCAGUUCUUCGACUGUGUUUUAGUGAACGGAGAUCUGAACCAGUCCUGUCUCCAGCUCUGCUCCAUGGUCCAACGCGCCCAGGACCAAGAGAACUGGGUCCCUGUGAGCUGGACCAGAGAAGACUAA